AUGUCGACACCGAACCAGCACUAUCUCAGGAUAUCCCAGCGCAAUGCAGAGGAGUCGGCGCUUUUACGCCUGCCCCCAGAAAUACGAAACCUGAUAUGGUCUUACGCUGUACAUGCAGAAACAUUAGUUAGCGUUCACCUCGUUAGCCGCCGGUACCCCACAGAAUGGCCUGUACAGGGCAUGAGUCGAGUUUGCAGACAAGUACACGCAGAAACUCGGUUGCUUGCUUACACCGUUAAUACCUUCACGUUGGUCAACACAGCCUAUCUUACGGCAUGGCUCAUGAUGCUACUUCCCGAGCAGAAAGCCGCCAUACAGCGGAUUCAAGUUGGCGACUAUCAGUUCUCGUAUGAUUUCCUACAACUCCUUCCAGGCUUGAAGUCUAUCGUGGUGGAGUGCUUCUGCAAUAAGGCUGUCGUCGACGAUUGUACAGAUGGCAAAGCUAUCAUCAAUCAUUUGGAAGACAUCUUGGGUAAUUCCGGUCUCAAGAUCCAACACCUGCCGAUGUUCUUGAAGAUGGCCUUUUCGGCCCCAGCGGGAGACGAAGACGAGUUUGCCGCACUCUGGCCCCAGAUUCCGCCGCUCGAGCCCGUUGAGGCUGAGGCCACCGUGCCCUCCAAGCGGCCUGCGAAGAAAGAGGCGGCGGGCGCCGAGCCGCCCAAGAAGAAGAAGGACAAGAAAGACAAGAAGGAGAAGGAGAAAGAGAAGAAGAAGAAGACAGCAGUGGGGGAGUGA